AUGCAUAGGAGAAGUCCUAUUAGUAUUAGGAAUUCUUUACUUAUAUCUAAACGUAUAGUUGACUCUAGUAAUCCAACAGAAGAAAUCCGAUCUGGGUCAACAUCUAAAGGUAUACUAAAAGAAAAAGUAGCUGAAUCAGCCAAUGAAUAUAAACAAGACGCAGGUUCUCUAGAAACUAAGGUAUAUGGAAAUUCACAAUUAAGUGAAACAGAUCAUACUUUAAAUAAUCAGCUAAUAGGUGCAGCGAUUGAUAAUACUAAGAAUACCCUCAUUAAACAUAAAGUAAGUUUAAGAUACCAUGAUAAUGGUAAUGAUACUAGUAGUACUAACAGCAAUUUAGAACUACCUUUAGUAGAGAAACAUCAUUGUAAAGGUAAUAAUACAAAUAAUCAUACACUACAAUGCCAUAGUAAUAUUCGCCUGCGCAGUUCACUAACUGAUACUAAAGCCCAAUCUGUACCUAGAGUUGUAAUACUUGAAAGAACUCAGGAGGAAACUGUUAAGAUAAAUAUAAAGGUAGCACCUGAAGAGCUCAUAGAGUUAGAUCAAAUAGAAUUUGGAGAAGUUAUAAGUUCAGGAGCUUUUGGUGUUAUUUACAAGUGCAAAGUUGAUGGAAUAAAAGGUAAGAAUAACUCACAAUUUGCAGUAAAACUAUUUUUGAGAGAUAAGGAUACUGGAGGCCUUACAGAAGAACGUUUGGGAUCUAUUGAAGCUGAACUGAAUUGUAUAAGAGUACUAAAACAUCCAAAUAUAACUGAAUAUUAUGGAAUACUAAAUCCAAAAAGUGGUGAAAUGGGAUUUGUUAUGGAAUAUAUAAGCGGAGGUACUGUUUUUGAUUUAUUGUACAGUGGUCUUCAUGUAGUUCCUAUUUCAAGACGUAUUGAAUGGUGCAUACAGCUAGUAUCAUGCAUUGCAUACUUGCAUGAAGGGUGUUCCCCAUAUCGCUUUAUACAUAGAGAUAUAAAAACAAUUAAUAUGCUCAUUAACUCAACUGAUUAUUCAAUAAAACUUUGCGAUUUUGGAAAUGUUCGUGAGCGUACAUUUUCAUACUGCCGUCUAGACAACAAUGGAGGAUCUAUUCGUUAUAUGUCUCCUGAAUCACUUAAAGUAGGGUCAUUUAUUAAUGAUAAGACAGAUAUUUGGUCAAUAGGAUGCUGUAUAAUUGAAAUAUGUGGUGGUGGUAUUCCAUACAAGGAAUUUUUAGAUGAGAAUGCACUACUUGAUAAUAUUCAUAAUGGAGGUCUACCAAGGAUUCCAUUGUUUUUCCCCCAUUCACUAAGUAGAAUUUGUUCUAAGUGCCUAUCUAUAGAUCCAGAUAUGAGACCAACAGCAAGUAAGUUGUAUCGUGAGCUAACGAAAUUAGAUAUUGGACUGAUAAGGAAAAGCUUGUUAGGAAAGUUAGAUCUCCAACCUUGUGUACAAUAA